CACUCCAACCCCAAUCCCAUCUAAUCCCAAUCGCAGACAGCCACUGUCUCUCUCAGACAAUCCGAGGCAAGCCUAGUCGUCAUUCGCAUCACCACCACCAUCAUUUCUCUCCUCUUGCCGUCUCUAUGCCUCUCUCUCAUUAAAGAACAACCCCAAUUCACUUUCACGUUUUCAUAAGCAGAGAGUUGUGUAGGGGAAUUGACAAACUUUGAUGAUGCCCUGUAACCUGAAAACCACGGUGGCUGACUGGUCGGGUCUUCCUCAAGAACUUGUCGUCUCCAUUGCCAAACAGAUAGCUUUCUUGGAGGAUUUUAUUGCUUUUGGUGCAGUCUGCAAAUCAUGGAGAUCAGCCGCGGCCAAGGAAAACUUUACCAGUCGAUUAAAACAUCAAGGCCCAUUUCUUAUGCUCCCACAGGAACAUGGAGCUGCCAUCGUAAGAUUUACAGCUUCACAGACUGUAAGGUUCGCGAUCUCAAUCUGCCAGAAGCUGAGGGCAAAAUUCUAGUGCAAAACUUUCACCAAUAAGCAUGACAGAUUUUCAUGCCUAAAGAAAUUUGCCCUCUCAUCAAACCCUGCUUGGACAUCAGAUUAUACAAUCAUGCUUCUUUAUGACUAUAAACAAUUGGCAUUUUGCAAACCAAGACAGGAUCGAUAUUGGACAAGUAUGGAUUUAGGUUCACAUCCAGUUGAUAUAACUUGUUACAGGGGACGAUUUUAUGCCGUGAGCCAUAAUGGGAGGGUUUCGGUUUUCGACAUUGAAAACCCUACUAAGGAAGCAAAAACUGAGGUUGUUGUUCCACGGCUGCCAAGGGAACUACUUGUACAUAUUUCUCCUGGUAGAGUGAAGUAUUUGGUGGAGUCAGCAGGGGACUUAUUAGUAGUUUCGGCUCACGAAGAAGGUUACGAACCAGCUCCUAAGUUUAGGGUUUUCAAGGUGCCUCUGAGGGAUGGCAAUUGGCAGUUAGACUCGGAAGUGAAGGACUUGGGUAAUAGAACCCUAUUUUUGGGUGAUAAUAAUACUUCAUUCUCUGUUGUGGCCUCGGACUACUCUGGAUGCGAGCCGAAUUGCAUAUACUUUUUUUCAUACAUAUCUCAGCAGUACAUAUAUUCCCGGCAGCCUCAUAACACUCUCUUACCUUCAAGAGAGAACAUAGAUAUUGGUAUUUUUCAUAUGAAAAAUGGAAGAAUUCAGGAACACUUUUAUUGGGAACAAAGAAGGUUCCCUACCUUUGGGACACCUUGUUUGUGGAUUCAACCGAAAUUUUUAGAGGGAAAUUCUUGCUUUGCGCCAACUACCAACAAAGUCACAGGUAGUUACAGGAAAGUGCUUAAGCCCUUGGGUUUAGUCCAAAUGGCGAGUGAGGAAUUUUUUUUUUUUUUUUUUUUUUUGGAAAGUUACUUUUCGCUUUGUAAUGAAGAAUAUCAAUGGAAUUCUGCUGCUUCUGAUUGGAUUAAGGCUAAUAGUGAUUCUGUUAAGGAGGCUGAUAGAGUACAGGCUUUUUUUGCUUGGAACCCUCCUGAACUUGGCCAAUUAAAACUGAAUGUGGAAUGGCUCUGGGAAGAGUGCCUCAGGUCUUAUUGGAGCAGGAGGGGUUAUUCGCGAUUCCGAUGGUGUUUGGAUUGCUGGCUUUGCUGUGAACUUGGGUCAAGGCCAGAUUUUGGAGGUUGAGGUUUGGGGAUUAUAUUUUGGGCUUUAGUUGGCCUUGGUCAAAGGUAUCUCUAAUCUUCUUGUUGAGAUGGAUGCUGCAAUUGCUGUGUCUCUUGUUCAGCAAAUUGGUACAUUGAAUUGUCACCCUCUUGUUGUGUUGGUGGAUAGCAGUUGUGUUCUUAUGAGGGGUAUUGGAAACUGUCACCUUGCUCAUGUUUAUAGAGAAUAGAAUUUUGUAGCAGAUUGUAUGGCUAACUGGAGCUCCAAUUUAGACCUAGGAGUUUGCUAUUUUGAUGAUGCUCCUGCUCGGGUUACCUCCUUCUUGGUGGAUAAUAUGUUAGGCCUUGCUAAACCCUUGCUAGGCCUCGUUUGAUUUGUAUUAGUUAGUUGUUUCUUUUUGGGGUUUUUUCCCUCCUUAUUUCAUCCAAAAAAAAGAAUAUCAAUGGAAUUUCAAGAAGUUACACCAAA